UUCUUGUUUCGUUAUAUCCCAUGCCUCAUGCUGGCGGCGCGUAGUGCAUUGUUCGAGUGGAGGUAACGAGAUUCCUCAUUUCCAUUGUUUUUUUUUGGCUUAUAUCAACGACCAUCCCGGGCCCGUUUUCGCUUCCUUCGUGCCCAACUUCCUUCAAGAUCAACCUGAACAAGUACUGUGUACUUUGUCAUUCUUGUACUCUUUUCGUUCGACUUCCUGAAUUUCAUUGCUUCCUUGGUUACCGCGUGCGCCCAAGUCGCUCACUUAAGACCUAUCCUCUCUUUAAUCUCCUGCUGCGCAAUGUCCUCUACCGCGAUCUCGAUGAUCACAUAUCCAUGUCCCCCACCUACUACAAACACGCUGGACUCCCAGCAGCGCUUGCGUCUCAUACGUUCGGCGCGCAAAUUAGAGGCAGUCAUGGGCACCACACCCUACCUUCUCGAGGCAGACGUCCCCAUCACACAACUCCCCAUUGGGGGUAACAAAAAAUCAGUCACGGGCAAAGCACUAAAGCGCCAGGGUUCCAUAUUCACGCAUUACUCCCCCUCUGUGACAUCACUUAGCUCAGUGUCGACGGCAUCUUUCCACUCCCCGUCCGCCUCACUAGUCUCGCUACCUUCGAGCAUGCGAAGCACAGAGUCCCUAUCAGUAACACCGCCUGGCCUGCCCGCGCGCGGCAGAAGGUCAGCAGAUAAACCCAGACCAUUGUACCUUCGCAUGAAUGCAGUUCCUGUCACGCCCACCCACGAACGCUGUACCUCGCUGCCGCCCACACCUUCCUCAGCUCGCGCAACCUCCGCUUACUUCCCCCCUACGCCUCGCACGCCAAGUUUUGACGCGGCAGACAUGCGGAGAAAGCGGAUGGCAAAACUUGCACGGCAUCUAGGAGAGAACGUGCCUCCUGAACUAGUUACAGCACAAGGGCCGCGUUCUCAAUCAUGUUCUCAAGAAAACGUGCCCAACAGGGAGCGACGCAGUAUGUCCAUCAACCUUGCGAGCCCACACAAUACACCUAUCGCUCCGGGGCCUGAAGUUAUCUCGCAGGCAAACAGCGAUUGGGUUGGCGAGUGGAAUCGAUCUGAUAUCAGAGACGUUCAGAGGGAACUUAGAAGCCUCAAGGCUGCGCGGUGGUAAUUGCUUCAGUCUCCAUCACACUUAUGACACGAUUUUAUGCUACCCUUGUAUUCGGAUACCUCACUGGCUGCGGGUAUCCAGCCGAACGAUAUGCAAUUCACGAUAACUAGUCACAUUUACAUAUGUAUCAUGUUAGGCGUCAGAUUAAUUACACAUAUACACGCGCAAGUACUACUACUGUCAUCAUUUGUAAAACAUAAUACAUACCAUGCUCAUCGGUCGGCACAAAUAUUUGAUUAUUCGACAUCCAAUUGCUCCU